AUGGUAUAUUACAGGAAUCCAUAUAUCAACUAUAUUCGAAGGAAGCCGCUUGCUUUGCUAGCACCACUUACUUUACUUGUCAUCAUCUACUUAUUUUUCUUUUCAUCUUCAUCGUCAACAGGGUCUGGAUCUGCUUUAACGAAGGGCCAGAACAAAUAUAGCUAUACGAAAAAGACAAAGGGUUGGUUCAAUAGUAACCCAAACAAAGAUUCGGUAAUUAUCAAAGAUUUACCCAAAAAUCGAAUCAGUCACCAUGAUUUGAACAAGUUGACCACCUCACCAGAUGCUCUAGCAAAGCGAGAGGAGUUGUUGAUCUUGACACCAAUGUCGAAAUUCUUGCCCGAGUUUUGGCAGAAUUUGAAUAAGCUAACGUAUGACCAUUCCUUAGUGUCAUUAGGGUUUAUUUUUCCUAGAACCGAGGAAGGUGAUGUAGCAUUGAAGGGUGUGGAACAUGCUUUGAAAGAGGCAAAGGCCAAGGGAACCUUGAAUUGGAAAAAGGUCACUUUACUAAGACAAGAUUCAGGGUCCUUGGAGAGUCAAUUGGAAAAAGACAGACACGCUUUUAAUGUUCAGAAGGAGAGAAGGUCGAUGAUGGCUAUUGCCAGAAACUCGCUCUUGUUCACCACGAUUUCGACCAAAACCUCAUGGGUCUUGUGGCUUGAUUCAGAUAUUGUUGAAACUCCGCCAACACUUGUCCAGGAUAUGACCGCACACAAUAAACCAGUGCUAUCAGCCAAUGUUUAUCAAAGGUAUUAUGAUGAAGAUCUCAAAAAGAAUUCAAUUAGACCAUACGACUUUAACAAUUGGAUUGAAAGCGAAGAAGGUUUGAAGAUCGCAAAUGAGAUGGCGGAUGAUGAGAUUAUUGUGGAAGGAUACGCUGAGAUUGCGACAUAUAGACCUUUAAUGGCACAUUUCUAUGAUGCUAAGGGAGAUGCAAAUACAGAGAUGGCAUUGGAUGGUGUUGGAGGCGGAGCAGUUUUGGUCAAAGCCGAUGUUCACAGAGAUGGUGCAAUGUUCCCAUCGUUUCCAUUCUAUCAUUUGAUAGAAACUGAGGGUUUUGCAAAGAUGGCAAAGAGAUUGGGCUAUGAAGUAUUUGGGUUGCCCAACUAUCUAGUGUUUCAUCACAAUGAGUAG